UCCCGCCUCUCCGCGUGGGCCGGGGAUGGCGCGGGGCGAGGAGCGCGGCACCAUGAGCGCUAUCGGCAGCCCGGUGCGGGCCUACGACUUCCUGCUCAAGUUCCUGCUGGUGGGCGACAGCGACGUGGGCAAGGGAGAGAUCCUGGCGAGCCUGCAGGACGGCACCGUCGAGUCCCCCUACGGCCACCCGGCGGGUAUCGACUACAAGACAACCACUAUCCUGCUGGAUGGCCGGCGUGUGAAGCUGCAGCUCUGGGACACGUCGGGGCAGGGAAGAUUUUGUACUAUAUUCCGCUCCUACUCACGGGGUGCACAGGGUGUGAUCCUGGUCUACGACAUAGCAAACCGCUGGUCUUUCGAUGGCAUUGAUCGAUGGAUUAAGGAGAUUGAUGAGCAUGCCCCCGGCGUUCCCAAAAUCCUGGUGGGGAACCGGCUGCAUUUGGCCUUCAAGCGCCAGGUGCCCACGGAGCAGGCCCGUGGCUAUGCCGAGCGCCUGGGCGUGACCUUCUUUGAGGUCAGCCCCCUGUGCAACUUCAACAUCACCGAAUCGUUCACGGAGCUGGCCAGGACCGUGCUGCUGCGGCAUGGGAUGGACCGGCUCUGGAGGCCCAGCAAGGUGCUCAGCCUGCAGGACCUCUGCUGCCGGGCCAUCGUGUCCUGCACGCCCGUGCACCUCGUGGACAAGCUCCCGCUCCCUGUCGCCUUAAGACGCCACCUCAAGUCCUUCUCCAUGGCCAACGGCCUCAAUGCCAGGAUGAUGCAUGGCGGCUCCUACUCGCUCACUGCCGGCUCCUCACACAGGAGGAGCCUGCGGAAGGCCAAGGCCAGCCGCACACCCCACAGCCCCCCCAAACACUGUGCCAGGAAUAGCUGUAAGAUUUCCUAACGGUGGCAUGGAAAGAAAUGCGCUGGAAUCUCACCAGAAGAAACUUGGAUGGCGACGCUUGAAAGACAAAAAGGCAGAAACGUUCCGGAUUCAGGGAACACUUUCCAGUUUCUAUUGAUGACAAUGCUGCUUCGAGAUGGGUGCGUGGUGACACCCUCUCACACCGACUCUCACGUUUCUGCUUGUCAUGCAUGAAGCUCUUGUUCUAGCUGUGUGCUCGUAAAAGGGGGAUUUGUAUUGUGUUCCAUCCCAGAUAACAUGGAAUUUUGGAUGUUAACUUAUAUCAUGAUUGCAGUAAAUGUUUUCAUUAAAAUAACUGGUUUUAUAAAAACGAAGAGAUGAAUGGGAUGUGUGUCCAUUCAGAACAGAGAUGGUGAGAUCAGUCAAAGGAGGCAGUGUUACCAGAGGGCCCAUUCUGUAAGCCUCCUUUUGGACAUCCAGGCACGGACUUUAAGAUGCUGUCGGCGUGUGUGGAGAUCACGUACAGCAGGCCUGUCCCAUGUGUGUGGAGCAGAUUUGAUAAAGUUUUUGCUAUGUUAUUUACUACAUUUUGGGAUAAAUAAGUGACUUAUAUGCUUAUUUUUCUGUAAAUCUACAAUUUUUUGUACAAGAUGUUCUACAAGUCAUGAAGCUAAGAGAAGAAAAUGCCAAAGAUAUCUCGAGUUAAUGUUGAAUAUAGUCACCAUAUUUGCAACAGAUGGGCAAGGGAAAUAUCACCCAGGAGAUAUUUGAGGGAUGAUGUGAGUAAUAAUAUUUAAGAAGAUGUUCCUCAAAAAUAAAAUGUUUGUUUCUCUCUUGGUAGAGUUGUCGGCUGGUUUUUUCUAAUUGUGCAUAUGUAUAUAGUUGUGUUAUUUAUAUAGCUGUGUGGCUGCCGUAACCAAGUACCGCAAAUUGGGUGGGUCCUGAGAACAGAAACAUAUUCUGUCACAGUUCUGGAGGCUGCAAGUCAUGGUAUUGGCCGUGUUGAUUCCUUUUGAGGCUCUGAGGGAGAACCUUUUUCGUACUUCUUCCCUAGCCCCUGGUGAUGGCCAGUGAUCCUUAAGUUUCCUCGGCUUGUGGACAGUCUUUCUGGUGUCUGCCUCCGCCUGCACCUGGCCAUCUUCCCUGUGUGUCUGAGUCUCUUCUCUUUUAUAAGGACACCACUCAGCUGGGAUCAAGACCCACCCUACCCCGGUAUGAUUUCAUGUUCACUGAUACCAUCUUCAAAGACCCUAUUUGCAAAUAAGGUCACAGUCACAGGUACUGGCGGUUAGGAUUCCAACAUAUCCUUUUGGGGGACACAAGACAACCCAAAACUACAGCCCUUGAUCUCAAUGGCUUAAUCAUCUGUUUCAGCCUUCACAAGUAGUCUAAUGUUUAGUUCUUGUAGGGUUUAGUUCUUGUACUGUGUCAUUUACUGAAAACGGUUUCUUUUCCUGAAGAGAAACACAGAGGCAAGGAAGUAGGAAAUACUGAAGAACACCGCUUGAGGGUGUGCCUGUCUGGUGAUGUGUUGGGAAGGUGCUCUGAGCCCUGGCGAGCUCAGUGGUGUCAUUACGCGUGUCCUUAGAAGACAAAGUCCUUGUCACUGAUUAUGCACUGGGGAAUGGUGCUGACUGGGAAAACGCCAGCCUAGGCUCUUACCUCGUGCUUUUGCUUAAUGUUUUCCUGUGGCAGCUGGAGGUCAUAAUGAAGGGUGCGGGAAAAAAUAAAACUCAAAUUUUAGAACUUUAAGGGACCCUAGAAACAAGAAGGAGGUCAGACAUUGCCCUCAUGCCAUUUUUACUCCAAGAGGGAGGUUCUAGGGUCCCUUAAAUUUCUGAAAUGCCACAUAUCAUGAAUAGUAACAGGAUAUCUGAACGUUCCCUCAUUUCGAGGUUUUUUUUUCCCCGAGAGGAAAGGUGAUCCAAUAGAAUGUGGAAAUUAUCAAACAAUACCAUUAACAUCACACGCAAGUAAAGUUUUGCUAAAGAUAAUUCAAAAACAGCUGCAGCAGCACAUGACAGGAAACUGCCAGAAAUUCAAGACGGAUUCAGAAGAGGCUGUGGAACAAGGGAUAUCAUUGCUGAAGUCAGAUAAAUCCUGGGUGAAAGCAGAAACUGCCAGAAAGAUGUUUACCUGUGUUUUAUGGACUAUGCUGAGGCAUUUGA